AUGACGCUUGCGAGCACGGACAAGGUGGUGCUGGGAUGCAUCGCGUUCACCGUCUUCUGGGUGCUGGCCGUGUUCCCCUCGGUGCCCUUCAUGCCCGUGGGCCGCACCGCGGGCUCCCUCCUGGGCGCCAUGCUCAUGGUGCUCUUCCGCGUCAUGACCCCCGAGGAUGCCUACAAGGCCAUCGACCUCCCGAUCCUGGGCCUCCUCUUCGGCACCAUGGUGGUGAGCAUCUUCCUGGAGCGCGCCGACAUGUUCAAGUACCUCGGCAGCGCGCUAGCGUGGCGGAGCCGGGGCAGCAAGGACCUGCUCUUCCGCGUCUGCCUCGUGUCCGCCGUCGCCAGCGCGCUCUUCACCAACGACACCUGCUGCGUCGUGCUCACCGAGUUCAUCCUCAAGCUGGCGAGGCAGAACAACCUGCCCCCGCAGCCGUUCCUGCUGGCCCUGGCCUCCAGCUCCAACAUCGGAUCCUCCGCCACGCCCAUCGGGAACCCGCAGAACCUCGUCAUCGCCGUGCAGAGCGGCAUCACCUUCGGACAGUUCCUCGUCGGCGUCUUCCCGGCCAUGAUAGUCGGCGUCGUCACCAACACCUGCAUCCUGCUCUGCUACUUCUGGAGGUACCUCUCCGUGCCGGAGAAGGACCAGGAGGGCGGCGCCGCCGAGAGGGGGCACGAGGUCGUGGCCGACGAAGAGGUCACCUCGCACAGGUUCACGCCGGCAAGGAUGUCGCACGCCUCCUCCGUCAACGGCGGCCUCGGCAUCGACGCCGACUGCGUCAGCGAGCCCAUUCGACGGACCGACAGCCUCAACAGGGCCGACACGCUCAGCAUGAGGAGCCGGAGCUACAACUCGGAGGGCGACAUCCAGGUUGCCAUCAGGUCCAUGCGCGCGUCCAGCAUGGCGCAGGAGAUGGUGGAGGUGUCGACCGUCUGCGACAGGCGCGACGACGGCGGUGGCGUCGGGCCCAGGAAGAUCACAAGGACGACCAGCCACCAGCGCAGCGUCAUCAUCGAGGACGCGCCCGAGGCUGACGCCGACGAUGGCCACAAGGGCAAGGACGGCGACGACGUGAAGGCGAAGAGAUGGAAGGUGCUCGUGUGGAAGAGCGCUGUGUAUCUCACCACACUUGGGAUGCUCGUCGCGCUUCUCAUGGGGCUCAACAUGUCCUGGUCUGCCAUCACUGCUGCUCUCGUCCUCCUCGCACUUGAUUUCACUGACGCACAGGCUUGCCUGGAGAAGGUGUCAUACUCUUUGUUGAUCUUCUUCUGUGGGAUGUUCAUAACGGUCGCCGGCUUCAACAGGACCGGCAUACCCAAUGCGCUCUGGGAGCUGGUCGAACCGCAUUCCAGAAUCGACAGUGCCAAAGGCACGGCGCUUCUCGCGGUCGUGAUUCUUGUUCUUUCAAAUGUGGCCUCAAAUGUUCCAACUGUUCUGCUGCUGGGCUCAAGAGUGGCAGCGUCAGCAGCUGCAAUCUCCCCAGCUUCACAGAAGAAAGCCUGGCUCAUACUAGCAUGGGUCAGCACGGUGGCCGGCAACCUCACUCUCUUGGGCUCAGCCGCGAAUCUGAUCGUCUGCGAGCAGGCGCGGCGGGCACAGUUCUUCGGGUACAACCUCACCUUCUGGAGCCACCUUCGCUUCGGCUUGCCGUCGACCAUCAUCAUCACCGCCAUCGGCCUGCUCAUCGUGGCCAGUUACUGA